AUGUUUGGGCGUACACUCGCCCUCGCUGCAGUGUUCGCUACGACUGCUUUGUCGGUUGCUGCGUCCCUGGAGGAGUGUCCCGGGUACAAGGUGUCCAACGUCAGGGACAAUGGACAUACUCUGAAAGCGGAACUCCAGCUCGCAGGCAAAGCAUGCAAUGUUUACGGCAAGGAUAUCAGGCAGUUGAAGCUGCGUGUUGAAUACCAGACUCAUGAACGGUUGCAUGUUAUCAUUGAAGACUCCAAGGAAGACGUAUAUCAGGUCCCUGAGUCUGUGUUUCCUCGGCCAGAGUCUGAAAAGGAUGACAGUGCCUCAAAAAAAUCAGCUCUAAGAUUCUCCAUGACCCAGAAGCCAUUCUCCUUCAAAAUAACCAGGCGAGCUACUGACGAGGUCAUCUUUGAUACAUCCAAUUCUCCCUUGAUCUUUGAGUCUCAGUAUCUACGCCUUCGCACUUCUCUGCCGGAUGAGCCCAACUUGUACGGACUAGGGGAGCAUAGUGACCCUCUGCGUCUACAGACAGAAGACCUUGUUACUACUCUUUGGAAUAGAGAUGCCUUUGGAAUUCCUCCUGGAACUAACUUGUACGGUUCCCACCCGGUCUAUUUUGAUCAUAGGGGAAAGUCAGGUACUCACGGUGUCUUUCUCUUGAACUCCAAUGGCAUGGAUGUCAAGGUAGGGAGUGCGAAUGGUGGUACUGGAAAAAAGUACCUGGAAUAUAACACCCUAGGAGGCGUCUUUGACUUUUACUUCAUGGCUGGACCGACACCAAAGGAGGUUGCUUCUCAAUAUGCUGAAGUGGUUGGCCUGCCAGCCAUGAUGCCCUACUGGGGCUUUGGAUUUCAUCAAUGCCGGUAUGGCUACCAGGAUGCUUUCAACGUUGCCGAGGUGGUCUACAACUAUAGCCAAGCUGGUAUCCCCUUGGAAACCAUGUGGACGGAUAUUGACUAUAUGGACGGACGCAAAGUCUUCACACUGGACUCGAAGCGCUUCCCCAUAGACGAGAUGAGAGCCCUAGUAAAGUACCUCCAUGAUCACGACCAGCAUUACAUUGUCAUGGUAGAUCCAGCAGUGAGCUACGGCGACAAUGACGCCUUUGAGCGAGGAAAAAAGCAAGACGUCUUCAUGAAAUCGAGGGACGGAUCAAUCUAUAAAGGUGCCGUCUGGCCUGGUGUCACUGCAUUUCCUGAUUGGUUUCAUCCUGGGACUCAAGAUUACUGGAAUAAUGAGUUCAAACUGUUCUUCAACCCUGAAAAUGGAAUAGACAUCGAUGCGCUCUGGAUUGAUAUGAACGAGGCUUCCAAUUUUUGCGAUUGGCCGUGUUCUGACCCUGAAGGGUGGGAAAGAGACCAUGAUCUACCACCAGCUCCUCCACCCGUCAGACCAAUCCCAAGACCGCUACCUGGAUUCCCGGAUAAACUCCAGCCAGGUAGCGUUAAGCUUCUCAAGCGUGAUGGAACCAGAAUAAGAAGCAAAGCUGGCUUGCCAGGUCGUGAUCUUAUUGACCCGCCAUACAAGAUCCAGAACGAAGCUGGAUCUAUCAGCAACAAGACCUUGAAUACCGACUUGGUUCAUGCCAACGGUCUAGUUGAGUAUGAUACUCAUAACCUUUACGGCACCAUGAUGAGCAGUGCCAGUCGAGAAUCUCUUUUAGCUCGCCGUCCGACAAAAAGGCCCAUGGUGAUCACUCGAAGUACUUUUGCUGGGGCUGGAGCUCAUGUUGGGCAUUGGCUUGGUGAUAACCUCAGUGAAUGGAGCCAGUACCGAUUUUCCAUUUCCCAGAUCCUUCAAUUUGCAGCCAUAUACCAGGUUCCCAUGGUAGGAGCUGACGUAUGCGGCUUUGGAGGUAACGUCACGGAAGAAUUAUGUGCUAGGUGGGCUAUGCUAGGCGCCUUUUAUCCAUUUUAUAGGAACCACAACGAUAUUGCUGGCCGAGACCAGGAAUUUUACCGCUGGGAGUCUGUAACCGAGGCAGCAAGGGCUGCCAUUGGAAUCAGAUAUAAACUCCUUGACUACAUCUACACUGCUUUCCACCGUCAAACACAGUCUGGAGACCCUGUUUUGAACCCACUCUUCUACAUCUACCCAGAGGACAAAGAUACCUUUGCAAUCGACCUACAGUUCUUCUACGGCGAUGCUCUGUUGGUUAGUCCGGUAACGGGCGAAGGUGCCACAAGUGUUGACAUAUAUCUGCCUGAUGAUAUUUUCUAUGAUUACUAUACAGGGGAACCUGUUGAAGGAAAGGGAGAAGUGAUCACAAUGGAGAAUGUUCCCAUCACGCACAUUCCCCUUCACUUCCGCGGCGGACAAAUUGUUCCAAUGCGCGCCGACAGCGCCAAUACAACCACCGAGCUACGAAAACAGCCAUUCGAACUUGUCAUCUGCCUCGACCGUGAGGGUAACGCAGAAGGUAGUCUCUAUCUAGAUGAUGGUGAUUCCCUUGAGCAACCACAUACAUCAGAAAUCAACUUUGAAUACCACGAAGGGGUCCUCAAAGUCUCUGGAAAGUUCGAUUUCCAGAACGAAGAAGCCUUAGAGAUCGAAAACAUAUUUGUCCUGGGGUACAAGCAGGAUAUGAAUGUGGAGGACAAAGGGAAUAAGAAAAAAGACUCCCAAUAUGAUGCGAGAUUGAAAAAGCUUGCUAUCAAAGCUACAGUUUUACUUACAGGGCCUUCUGAAAUGACUCUUCACUAG